CACACUUAUACCGAAAUGUUCAAAUAAAGUUGUGUGCUUCCAUGUGGUCACUUUGUCAUACAAAUUAAAUAUUUCAAGUGAGUUUUGAGGGCAUCAUUGCAUGACCUGACAUUUAGAGAGUUUGUCUACUCCAUUACGGAAGUCCUGAACUGUAACAAAAAAACUGUAAUAAUUGGAAAGAUGAACACCUCAGAUUCAGCCAACGCGAGUCAUGAGGACACAUGUCCUCCUGAGCCUCAGCACAUAUCCCUGGCUGUGUUCCUCUGUCUGUUCUAUCUGCUGGGCCUUCUGCUCAAUGCAUUCAGCAUGUGGGUCUUCACCUGCCGCAUUCACAAGUGGAACUGUGGAGCUGUUCUGCAGUUUAACCUGGCUCUAUCUGACGCCAUCAUCACUCCACUCACCCCACUGAUGGCAGCGUACUUUGCCAUGGAUAGCAACUGGAUUUUCGGGGAUUUCGCCUGCCAGCUGAAGAUCGCCGUGCUCAGCAUCCACUUUAAUGGCAGCGUGAUCUUCCUCACACUCAUUAGCGUUCAUCGUUAUGUGUCCGUGGUUCACUUCAACCGCUCCUCGUUUAUAAAAAGGAAGACAUUCGUGAAGAAGCUGUGUGCUGGGAUUUGGUGCUUUCUGAUAAUUUGUGGUAUUAUCUAUGGAUGGCUGCUUCCUGUAACCAUUGAGGAAAACCAUGGGCAGUGUCUUACUAUUCAUCAGACGAGGCUGACAGAUGCUUACUUUAUUAUUAACUUUGUGAUUUUCUUCUUUUGGUGUAUUUUACCCUUAUCUAUAUCAAUGUUUUGCUACAGUCGCCUGGCGAGCUCAGUGUCCCGCAUUAACAUAAAUUCUGCUCAGGGCCAAUCGGUCAAGAAUAAGUCUAUGAGGAUGAUUGGGAUAUGUGUAUUCAUAUUUGCCCUUUGCUUUCUUCCUCUCAAUGUUGUUCGGACUAUCGGAGUAGUUGUGAAAAAGUAUCAUGCUAGUCAAUGUAGACUUAUGUUGCAGUUGCAAACAGCUUAUUACGCGUGCUAUGUAUUGGCAGGAAUCAACUGCUGCUUGGACCCCCUCAUCUACUUUUUUGGCUCACGUAAUUUUAUCAACGCAUUCAGAAGAUCUCUUAAGGUAGUGGGGGUCAGAAGUACUGUUGAAAACAAAAUUGAAUCGGAAACAGUAAGUCAAAGUUUAAAUAAAAAUGUCAUUUCUACUAUUUCCUAAGACACAGAGCAGCCGAACUGGAAGUUGCGAUCUUUCUGAAUUCAUGUCAGUAAACACGUCCUCAGAGAAGAGAUGUUGUUGCAAAGGGAAGUACAUGAACUGAAAGAAUUGUCCAAAACAUUGUCAAUUUUGAUUUCAUGGUGACUUUGUGGUGCAUUUUUCUGAUAUGGAA